GAAAUCAGUUUGCAGCUACUGAAAGUAGGAAGGAACAUAUAAGUUGUUUAUUACAAAACAAGAAGAGCCAAAGUAACAGGCUUGGAGAAAUGAAGUUAAAAGGUUUAGACAUAGCUCCUGAAUAGAAGUGCAAGACCAACGUCAUUUCACUAAAAUGGCUUUGCAACAGCCUUUCACUGCAGAUGACUUCGGUAUCUACUAUGUCCUCACAGAGUGCACAGAUCACUAUGACCCCUUUCCACUUAAUGAGGCUGAUGAGAACCAGCCCCAUUUCCAGGGCGUGACUGGUCUGCGGAACCUGGGCAACACAUGCUACAUGAAUGCCAUCUUACAGUGUCUCUGCAGCAUCUCACCGCUGGUGGAAUACUUCCUCUCUGGAAAGUACAUUACUGCUCUUCAAAAGGAUUGCAGUGAGGUUGCCACUGCUUUUGCCUAUGUGAUGACAGACAUGUGGCUUGGAGACUCUGACUAUGUCUCACCAGAGAUAUUUUGGUCAGCUCUUGGCAAACUCUACCCAGCAUUUAUGAAAAAGACGCAGCAAGAUGCUCAGGAAUUCUUGAUUUAUGUCCUGAAUGAACUUCAUGAAACUCUAAAAAAGUACCACCAAAAAAGAUCAUAUGAAAAAAGAUCUAUUCCGAGAUUCUACAGGAAGAUGAUUGCCAACGAGUCCUCCAUCAUCACCCGGCUGUUUGAAGGGCAUCUCAAUUAUAGCAUCAUAUGUUUAAAGUGUGAGAACUGUACCUACAAGAAUGAAGUCUUCACCAUCCUCUCCCUCCCCAUUCCAUCCAAAUACAAGUGCUCUCUUCAGGACUGUCUCCAGUGUUUUUUUCAACAAGACACACUGACCUGGAACAACCAAAUUUACUGUUCUUUUUGCGAAACCAAGGAAGAAACAGCUGUGAAGGCCAGUAUUUCUAAAGCACCAAAAAUAAUUGUCUUUCACUUAAAAAGGUUUGACAUUCUGGGUACAAUGAAAAGGAAACUGAGGACAGAUAUUCAUUACCCGCUCACUAACUUGGACCUUACUCCUUACAUUUGUCCAAUUUUUUUGAAACAUCCUAAAUAUAAUCUCUGUGCAGUGGUGAACCACUUUGGUGAUCUGGAUGGUGGCCACUACACUGCUUUCUGCAAAAACUCAGUGACUCACGCCUGGUAUAACUUUGAUGACACACGAGUCAGUGAGAUUCCAGAUACUUCAGUUCAAACUGCUACAGCGUAUCUCCUGUUCUAUAGCUGCCAGCCGUUUUCUAUACCUAUACAAAAACGCAAGAGCUAGGAAAAUGGUGUUUCCUGAAAAUUGCAAAACUAGCAAUUAGAACCUAGUACUUACGUUUUGCUUUGUCAUUAAAACUUCUGCAACUUACUUGCAUCACUGACAUUUUUAAGUCUUUCUGGCAUGUUAUGCAACCUUUCACAAGGUAAGUCUAUAAAAAGAUGGGUCCUGGCCCACUGAAAAAGGCAGCAUGAAAAUGAUGCAGUGCUAACAAAGGGGACCUUCAAAGCAAUCAGAUUAUAAGUAUUGUGUUCAGGUUUCAAAGUACAGUGUUUAUUAGUGUGUAUUUUUAUCGUAAACUAUCUCAUAAUAAUUAUAUAUAUCCAACAAAUUAUUUUCCAAAGAUACUUCAUGGAGCUAAACCAAAAUAACUUUUGUUCAAGUGGCUCUGUGAUGUUAAGAAUGUGAUUUGAAAAUAUUUAAUUGUUCAGAUAAUUUAGGCGAGAAACUAUAAUCUCUCAGACUAAUUGUAGAACAUGAAAAGUUGUCAGUUUCACAAUUCAACACCAUCCUUUCAUCUUCUUCCUGGGAGUCCACUAAUGGUGACAUCUUUCAGAAGCACCUUUAGAAUCUUGUUUUUAUAUGGAGUGUUAUAUAUUUACUUUACCUAUAACAACUAAGUCCCUGAGGUAAAUGAUAAAUUCUAAGCUCCUCUAUCCCUUUUAGUACAUCACUUUGUAAAGAUGUGGUUUAUAAUGCAGUUCAUUUUGCAGUCAUGUCUGACUCAUCUCUUUUUAUCUUAAUUUAGUUAAGAUAAAAAAUCGUCUCUUUUAAUUCUUAAUCCUAAGAAUUCUAGUACUCUUGAUAGAAUGAGUCUGGGCACUAAAUUAUUUAUAUCUUACUCUGACUCCCAACUCUGAGAGAAUCAUAAGUGCUAUAUGCAGUUCAAGGUCGAGGUGAAGGAUGAGUGGAAUCAAGUGAUGCAAAGGAAUAAAUGUACUAAAUUUUAAGUCAUUGUAGUGGUAUAAAGAGUGUAUGUAUAAAAUCUAUAAUUCUACUGUUCUAUGUUUAAUAAUAUAAAAUUAAAGACAG